AGUGUCUUGCUUCUCGUGAUCAACCGAUUGGAAGGUGAUUCUACAUGUAAAAAUUUCGAAGAAUCAAAUUUUUUUCAUUAAUGUCUUUGUUGAUUUUGAAAAAAUUGACUUUAAACAUUUUUCAAGUAUAUUUGAAUUUAGCUAAUUCUAGACGUGGCAAGAAAAAAUAAUUAACGGAAAAUUAUUCUACGUAAAUAAGUCAGAAGUAUAGACUAUAAUUUUUUUAUCCUCCGUUUUUGAGAAAAUUCAAUUUCGAGUACACAUUUGUACUAAACAUGUUCUAUUCUAAAUGUGUUCAAAAUCUAUUUGUUUGAAAAUAAUAUCUUAAACGCAUUCUUCCGAGCCAAGUUAUACUUGAGGAAUUUUAAAACUCGGUUUUCUUGAAAAUGAUGGGUUUAAUGGAAAAAAUUUUUUUUUCUCUUUUCGACUCAUUUUUACAUGUAGAAUCACCUUCCAAACGGUUGACAACAGGUCUCGGAAUAAUAAACGUAUAUUUAAUGCAUAUUACGUUUAAACUUAUGAAAUUAUGUUUGUUAUAUGCAUUGUCGAUGCAAUAUAAUUUUCUUUCGUCAAAUCAUUCGAUAUAACAGUUCUGUACAAUGUUUUAAGCAGAAAAAUUUACAAACAAAAAAUUAAAUUGGAAUUAAAUCGUAUUAUUUGUUCUGAUAAAAAGAAGCAAAUAUAUUUAAAGUUAAAUUAUUAAGAAUCAACGCUUUAAUGUAACCUCUCGUUCUGAAAUAUCUUUAUGUUAAUUUACACAAGUAUUAAUUAUCAAAGUAUAUUUUUUUUAAUUCUUGAGUGAUAUCGCUAGGCUACUUGCAAUCAUAAUAAUUUAGAACUGAGUUAUUUAAAUUUCAUUCGAUUUUAUUUUACUAAUAUUUAUAUUAAAAUACAAAAUAAGAUUAAAUAAAAUUUCAAUAAUCUAAUGUAAGUUACUAUAGUCACAUAUAAUUUAAUGAUCACACUUGAGUUAAUAUUAAAGCUGUGAAAUGAAAUCUCAAGUAUUCAUUUAAUACUUCUUAUCAUUAUAUUUUUUAUUCUGUAUUUUCUAUAUUCUAUAUAAUCUAUACUUUAUAGCUUAUAUAUUUUAAUGAUAAUGAUGUAAAGAUAUUAGAGAAAGAAAGAAAAUAAAAUAAUGAAGAAUUCAUAAACUACUGUAAUUAUGAUGAAUUAUAAACAAUAUAAUUAUAAAUAUAAUAUCAUAAUUAUACAGUCAAUUAAUAAUAACUAUAAUAUUAUAUAUUAAUUAAUUAUAAUAUUAUAUAUUAAUUAAUUAUAAACAAAAUGCAUACAAUAAAUUAGUAUUACCUAACUGUUAUGAUAUAUUAGUAUAUAACUGUGAUCAUGAUAAACUAUUUCGUAAAAAUUGAAUUUGCAAGCAUGAUAAACUAUUGCUUGGGCCUUAAACUAUUCCUUAACAUUAAAACGAAUGAAUUAAAUAACUAAUUAGCUAGCUAGAAAUUUUUAUAAAUUUGCAAAACUGUGUUUGCGAUUUCAAUGAUUUUUCGUAGAAUAUACAAAAGUUAGUAUUCUUUAUUGUAUCAUAAACUUCUCUAUAUUAAUUUCUUCUAACAAAUAUUACAUUUAAAUCGUCAAUAAUUUCAGUAUUAGUAGUUAAUAAAAAAUAUGUAAAUCAUUAUAAAAUUUUGAGUAAUAUAUAAAAAUAUUUGUUUGUUAACAUUUAUCGUUAUACCGUCAGAAAAUUAUUAUCUUUACUUUUUAAUGCAUUAAUUUUUCUACUCUUUAUGCUUUGCAUAUAAAAUUGCCUGUGUCAUUUUUUUUACUUCAGAUACAAUACAAAAGAUAAUUUUAAUGCCUGUGCAAAUCACUAUUAGAUUAUUAAAAAGUAACGUUGCAUUAACGUUUCAUUUGCAAUUCCUUUCUUUCCAUUUUGUUUCAUUUUAAUUAAUUAAUCUAUUUUAUGAUAUUAGAAGUAUGCAAAAAAGUUUCAAGAGUUUGUUUAAUAUUUUCUCAUCCUUAUUCGCAUUUCACCUAGGUUUUAUAACUUUGUGUAAUUUUUUUUGUAAAAAAUCAAUUCUUCUUAGAAUUUUUUUGUUACAAAACUUGAAAAAUUUUAAGAAAUUCAUUUAUAAUACAAUUAUAAAUUAUAUUGUUUAAUUCUUAAUUAAUUGCAAGUAUUUAUUUCAAUUAAUUAAUAAUUAUUGCAAAUAUACUGUGGAUGUCUAUAUAUUUGCGUGAAUGGUUUGAAUGGAUAGAACAUAUAUAAUACAUCAAAUACAAAUAUCCAAAGUAUAAUAUUUGUUUCUGUAUUUAAUAUGCCAAGUUUGCUGCUUACGUUUCAUCUUUUAGUCGUAUUUAUAAAAAUAUUAAUUUUAAACAUCCGCCAUCUAGUUAUUAUAAACACAGAUUUAACAGAUUAUGAGUGAAAUAUAAUAAUACAUAGAUUGCGAAUUUUUAUGCAAAUUUAUAUUUUUGAAAACAUAAUAUAUAUCUAUAUACAAUGUACAAUAUAAUAUAUCGAUGAAAAGUUGUUUUACAUAUCAAAUACUGUAGUUAUUAUAGUGUAUGUAUUGUAUGUAUUUAGGAUUAUAUACAUUCUGUUUCGUUUCAUAGUUUUUAAUUUCCUAUAAACGCAUAAAAAUUCAUAAUUUAUUAAAUACAUAAUUUAUUAUUAUUUAUCAGAUUCUAGUUAAUAGGACGUAUGCUACUUUUUUUUAAUUAAAAUAUUAAUCCUUUGUAAAACGGUAUUAAUCUUUUACAAACAACUAUCAUAAGAAUAUUGAAAUAUGAAAAAUCCAUUUCUUUGAACUCUAAUACGAUAAUUUUCAUUUAAUUUUCGUCAUUUAAUUUUUCGAUUGUAUAUCUGUUAGGAUACGAUAAAUGUACUUACUAAAAAUCGUUUGCCGAAUUUCAACGCUCACAAUAGUCUUUGAUAAGAACUACUGUACUGUAUAUGAAAAUAAUAUAAAUAUAAAAAUAAUAAGAACGAUCUAAAAAUAAAAAUAAUAUAACGAUAAUAUAUAUAUAUAUAAUAUAUAUAAUAUAAAAUAAUAUAUAAUAAUAUAUAAAAACGAUAAAAAUGCUCAUAUUUCAAUGAAGUAUAUCUUUGAAAAUAAAUUUGAAUAAAAUUACAAUUACCUAAUCAAUUCCGAAUCUUAAAUCAAAUUUCACUACUAUUUUAUGAAUGAUUACAAAAACAGUGUUAACUAAACAUUGAAUGUCAAAACUAGAGAGUAUUAAGAAUUGUUAUUGGCAAUAAGAAUAUAUACAUUGUAUAAAUAUACUUAUUAAUUGGCACUUGUAAAGGGUUAAUCAGGAAAACUAUAUCAUAUAACAUCCUCAAGAAAUACAUAACAGCAUUGAAUGUCGAUUACUUUCUAGAAAAUUUAAGAAAUUAGACAUGAAUGUUACAGUGCAGUCGGAGGGAUGAGCAAAGAUUGUGGAAUUUGCGGGAUUUAUCCCCGAUGGCUACGAGAUCGUGCUACCCCAAGAAAUUUCAUCGCCGUGUAUGGCCUCCUCGGCACCGUGCAGGCGAUGGCUUUUAUUUACAUCGUUGUCACCCUCACGACCCUGGAAAAGAGAUUUAAAAUACCUAGUCAAACAACUGGAUUAAUCCUUUCCGGCAAUGAGAUCUCCCAAAUUUUAUCCUUGGUAUUAACCUACUAUGGAGGUUCUGGUCACCGUCCAAGAUGGAUUGCAAUCGGUGUCGGUCUUAGUGCUUUAUCGUGCCUAGUCCUCGCACUUCCACACUUCCUAUUCGGGCCAGGGCGAGAUGCUUUGGCAUUAACGAAGGAAUACCUUGACCAAACUCUGUUGAAUGCCACCACAGUGCCCCAAGAUCUGGCAAUUUGUCCACGUGUCAUCAAACCGGACCGUUGCGACGAGGAAGCGCUGUUGGACGUUAGCAUUCUUCCACGACUCUUGGUCUUUCUCUCUCAGUUUAUCCUUGGAAUUGGUACGACACUCUAUUACGGUCUUGGUCAGACGUACCUGGAUGAUAAUACUAAAAAGAAAAAUACUCCAAUGCUUCUAGGCUUUACUUUUGCUCUGAGAACUAUUGGGCCAGCAAUAGGCUUUCUACUUGGUUAUGGUUGCCUCAGUUUGUACAUAGAUCCUAGUCUACAUCCUGUGAUUACGAAAAAGGAUCCUCGAUGGUUAGGUGCAUGGUGGCUCGGUUGGAUUAUUUUAGGUGCCACCAUGGGCAUGUUUUCUAUUCUCAUAGCUAUGUUUCCACGAAAUUUACCUGCUGAAAAGAAUAUUGCAAUCGACACUGCCAGAAAGGAUGGUAGCAUUCCAUUGAAACUGCAUCUGACUGUGCAGGAACAAUACAUGAAACCGAUGGAACCAAGAAAAUCUUUAGAAACUGAAUAUAUUCCAACUAUGCGUGAAUUUCCGAAAGCAAUGAAGAGGUUAUUGACAAAUUGGCUGUUGACCUUCAAUAAUUUGAGCGGAGUAUUCUACGUAUUAGGUGCAUCGGCGUAUAUAACAUUUUUGGCGAAAUAUCUCGAGGUUCAAUAUAGUCCAAUAUCGCUCGUUGGAAUGGUAUUAGGAUUUCUGCUUUCCGGAUUAAUGAUUAGCAAAUUUAAACCUGGCCCUAGACCAUUGUUAGCGUGGAAUGUAUUGGUCGGCAUUUGUUUCGUUGCUGGUCAAGUACUAUUUAUAUUUCUUGGUUGUUCCGAUAUCGGCAUCGAAGGCCUCAAUUUAGAAACUAUGCAAAUGAAUUUAACAUUCAGUUGCAACGCCGACUGCAACUGCAACGGCGUGAAAUAUUCUCCGGUUUGUCACGUAGCAUCUAAAACAACUUUCUUCUCUGCUUGCCACGCUGGCUGUCGGACAAUAAUCAGCGACAAAGAAUUUGGAAAUUGCAGCUGCCUUCCGUUCCUAAAUACGCCAAAUUUCGAAAGUCAUUUCGGAUAUACGACUGAUGGUGUCUCGAGGGAUCAAUCGAUCUAUGUGAACGACUCGCGUAUGAUGAAUUUCGACAAAGUCAGAGCUGGUCCAUGCACGAACGACUGCAGCGGCCCUUAUCUCCUUUUCAUGAUUCUCACAUGUGUUAUACAAACAUUAGCGUGUUCCGGAAAAAUCGGCAACGUCCUGGUAAAUUAUCGCAGCGUUGAGAAGAAGGAUAAAAGCUUCGCGCAGGGUAUUACGCUGAUGACUAUUUCCUUGUUUGCGUUAAUACCGGGCCCAAUUAUUUACGGUGCCAUUAUUGACUCAACUUGCUUGAUUUGGGAGGAGUCCUGCGGAAUUAAAGGAAACUGCUGGUUCCACCAUGGAAAGAACUUCCGGUAUUUAGUUAAUAUAACGUCAGCAGGAUUCUCCAUGAUAGGAGUGUUGUUCGAUGUAGCGGUCUGUUAUCUUGGGAAAAAUUUGGAUCUGUACGGCGCCCAAGAAAACGACAGACGUCGCGAAUUUAUUAAAGAAGAUGACAUGCCACAAACUGCCGACGGCGAGAAGAAGAAGAAGGAAAUGAACGGGAAUGUAAAUUAAAUGACGAGCAAUUAUCGUUUCUACCAAUUACAAUGUGAAAAUGUUUUAUAUAAAAUUUUUAAGUCUAUUUGUUGUUAUAGUGGCUACAAAAAGUAUUCACAUUCCAUACUUUUUAAUGAAAAUUUUCUCUCAGCGGAGUCAUUUUGACAAUAUCAAAUUUUGGUAGUUAUUUGAUAGUACUAUUAAAUAAUAAAUACGGUGAAUUAAAGAAAUAAAUUUGAUAUAAUUGAACUCAAUAUUAUCCUGAUAACAUAAAAUGUUUGUAAUUAUCUAAUAAUAUUACUAAACAAUAAAUAUAGUAAAUUAAAAUUUGACAUAAUGUGAUUUUAUAAUAUAAUAUCAAAUUUUUGUAGUCGUAUGAUAGUACUAUUAAA